GUUUUCCCAAUUUAACAUUUGUCCAUUUCAUUUGAUAACUGCUAAGGCUACUCGGAGAAACUAAGAGAAUUGACCACUAGUUACUCAACUGCCGCUGUUGUCUUAACGAACCUCGAGAGGAAUUACAAACAGCUUACCUUGCACUGUUUUCAUUUACUCGAGCGUCAACCAAUAAUCGUGUUCUCAUUGGCUGAGGUUGAAGGCAGGGCGGUAUAAAUUCUCUCAAAUUACACAUUUCAUUCCUUCCGAGCACGCAAACCAGUGUACGGUAACUGAAGAUGCCAGUGAUCAGAGUCUUGAGCAGAGUUGCCAAGCAGGCCCUUCUGGCCCCCGGCUGUGGAUGCCAGCCAGUUGCAGUGGCUGUGCGUAACAUUAGCUUCUCUCCGCGCCAGGUCACCUCGGGAUCCGAUGCCAGCUUCCACUCGGUCUCCUUCUCCGAGACAGACCAUCCCAAAGUCCUCAUCACAGGUGGCUUGGGGCAGCUUGGUGUGGGUCUGGCCCAAAUGCUGAGGAAGAGAUUUGGGAAGAACAACGUCAUUCUGUCAGACAUUAGGAAACCACCAAGCAAUGUUUUCCACAGUGGGCCCUUCAUAUACGCAGACAUCCUGGACUACAAGAACCUGCGGGAGAUCGUGGUGAACAACCGCAUCACCUGGCUGGUGCACUACAGCGCCCUCCUCAGUGCCGUCGGAGAGGCCAACGUCCCGCUGGCGCGUGCCGUUAACAUUACCGGACUUCACAACAUCCUGGACAUUGCAGCAGAGCACGGGCUCCGUCUCUUCGUCCCCAGCACUAUCGGUGCCUUCGGGCCCACCUCACCCCGCAACCCGACCCCUGACCUUUGCAUACAGCGUCCCCGCACCAUCUACGGUGUCUCCAAGGUCCACGCAGAGCUGAUGGGAGAGUACUACCACCACCGCUAUGGCCUUGACUUCCGUUGCCUGCGCUACCCGGGAAUCAUCUCUGCAGAUUCUCAGCCAGGGGGUGGCACGACAGACUACGCAGUUCAGAUUUUCCACGACGCUAUCAAGACCGGGAAGUUUGAGUGCAACCUGAACCCGGACACACGGCUGCCCAUGAUGUACAUCGACGACUGCCUGCGGGCCACUCUGGAGGUCUUGGAGGCACCCGCAGACCUGCUCAGCAUGCGCACGUACAACAUCAACGCCAUGAGCUUCACCCCAGACGAACUGGCGCAGGAGGUCCAGAAACAGCUGCCCGACCUGCAGGUCGAAUACAACAUCGAUCACGUGCGACAGGCCAUAGCUGACAGCUGGCCAAUGAACUUCGACGACAGCAAUGCUCGCAACGACUGGGGCUGGAAGCACGACUACGAUCUACCGGAGCUCUGCCAGACUAUGCUCAACUUCAUCGGCGCAGAGACCCGCAUGGCCCAAGCCAACUGAGCCUGCUCCAAAAGUCAUUGAGACAUGUACAUAGUGUAUAAAAACUGUUGGCUUUGGAGAGGAGAGAACUCUAGAUCUGUAAAUAGUAUGUAUCUCUCUCUGUCUCUCUCUCUCUCUCUCUCUUUCUCUGUCUUUCUCUGCUGCUUGGGAAAGCCCUGUUGUCUUACAGCACACUGAUCAGUGUCAGAUUCAGAAGGUUCCUUUCUUGGUUCUCUUGGCCCUUUAAAACGGGCACAAAAGACCUCAUGCACCCCCACCACUACCACCACACACACACACACACACACACAAGAAGAUCUGAGGAAGUGAAUGUGUGUGUGUGUGUGUGUGUGUGUGUUGGGGGAAGACACAUCUAACACAGUAAGAAUGUACUUAGGUCAUGAAAUAUACAUGUGCAAUUCAGGGAUACAGUGAGCCAAAUAUGAUUGUUACCGUGGUCAAGAUGGAUGUACCCAUCGAAGGAAUACUUUUUUAAGGGCUCUCUUUAAUUUUUGUCAUUUUCUUUUGAUGAUUUUUGUAAGCGUUAUUAUUUUUUUUGUAUAGAUAAAUUAUACAACACAGCUUAAAUUGAAAUUAAUUGUGACAUACCGUACAAACAUAUUUCUGUGAUGAGGUCAAGGAAAAUGACAACACUAAUAAUGAUGUAUCCUUGCUGAAUAAGAAGUUACAUAGCGACGUUUGUGGACGUACACUAGUAUUCACUGAAGGUGACGGAAACAUUUCUGAGCUACACUCACUAUAUUUGCUCGUGUCUGCCUGUCAUUUGUUCUUCUGCUUCUAUUUAUUUGGUCUGGCACUGUAUGGCCAGAAUGUGUAUAGGCUGACUGAUCAGCCAGCUUUGCACCAUAGAUAUGUCUGAAAAUCAAACAAAUCUUUUCCAUUAUUUUUUCUGAGGGGUAACAUUACCACAGAUCUAUCUACUGUCUAGAUCUAACUGUCUACACAACACAAUUCCCUCAGUGGGGACAGUAACUCUUUCAGGAGCUAUAUUGAAAUGGAUGAAUAAGCCAUUUUUAUUUUUUUAAAGUUCAGUUUUGUUAAAUUGUUUUUAUUUGGAGAGCAUUGGACAUGUUCCAGUCUUUUGUCUUGACAAACCUGCUAUCUUAUUAAAACCUUUUUUCCAAGUA